AUACUUGACUCAAAAAUAGCCAGUGACCGACCCAAACUCGACCACGUAGCAUCGCAACAGCUCGAUCGAUCGAAAAACGAACACGAGAAUCGCGCUUCGGGCAGCUAAUACAGUUAAUAACCAUCGGAAAUCGAUCUGCCACAGACCGGCCGCGACAGUGGCGUAGAUGGCCUCGAUAACCUAACCCCAAACCCUCCAGACAUGGUGAGGGUAGGUUUCUCCACCAACCUCCAAGGCAGGUCCUCCCACGACGCCAUAGUGACGCGCCAGGACGCCGAGCUCAGACUGCUCGAACUCAUGAAACGAUGCCUGGUGUCCAAAGUGAAGUGCGACAAGGAAUACGCAGUGGCGUUGAGUGCAGUGGCCAGCCAGGGGCUGAAGAUGGACAAGGGUGAUGAUCUGUGCGGUAGCUUGGUGGCCUCCACGUGGAGGUCCAUGAUGGAGGAGCUGGACAGUGCCGGGAAGUUGAUUAGGCAGAAUGCUGACGCUGUGGAGACGAGGGCGUUGGAUGCCUUGAAUGGGUUGUAUGCUGAGAAGAGGAAGAUCAGGAAGCUGUAUCAGGAGGAGUACAACAGGAUACAACACCAGUUGACUAGCAUUACGGAGGAAGUAACAAAGAAGAAGUUAGAAUACCAGAAAUACUUAGAAUUGUACAAAUUGAUGAGGACGAGAUUUGAGGAAUAUUAUGUUAAAGCUGGAAGAGGAGGUAAGAAACUAGACGAAGUCAGGGACAAAUACCAAAAAGCCUGUAGAAAACUACAUCUCACGCACAACGAAUAUGUUCUGCUCCUUUGCGAGGCUGUGGAAUUCGAGAAGGAUUUUAGGACAGUGCUGCUACCCGGUCUUUUGGAGAGGCAGCAGAACAUACAGGAAGAUUUUAUACUCAUAUGGAAACAGAUUCUAGUAGACGUUUCCGGUUUGUCGGAUUGGUCUUCGGAGAAGUUCAAAAAGAUCCAGAAGAAAGUGGGAAAUGCUCUGGAUUCCAUAAAGCCAACCGAAGAAUACAAAGACUUCACGGAAAAGUUCAAAACUGGGCCGGUAGAGCAAGUCAAGUUCGCCUUCGAUGAGAGCCUAACCGAGGAUUCGACGGUCAAGUUCCUGCCCAAUCAGCUCACUGUGGACAACCUGACGGUGGACUGGCUGAGGAACAAGUUGGCGGACCUAGAGACCGGUAUCAAAGAGAGCGAGGAGAAGAGAGCAACCCUUUCAAGCGCCAACAACGUCCAGGAGACGCCUGCAGUCAACGGAAAGACUUCCUCAAGUCAGGAACUCAACACCAGGAUAGCCAGUAUUCUAGACAACCCUAAGAAGGAGAUCGAAGAGUUGAAAUGUUCUGAGAGGAAGAUGCUGAAGCAGACGGAUCUAAUCAAGAGCGCCCUGAACGAAUUGGGUUGCGAAGAAGUGCCAUCAGGUUGCGACCUGUCCAUAGACAAUCCCACUUUUCCAAACGAAAGCACGUCCGAACAGAGCCAGAGCCCACAAAGCACGGUGUUCAAAAAGGGUUUUGGUCCCAAAAAAAUAGUGAAAAUACUCCGGAAACCGUUUCGGAGAAAGUCUGCCCCGUCUUCUCCAGUGGCUCCCCCUAGGACCAAGAGUAGAAGGGAUUCUUCUACUCAUAGCGAGGGUGCAGAGCCUGUCAGCAGCACAUGGGUUACGUUGACGACCAACAAAUCACUAGUGGAAGAAGAAUGGUUUCACGGGGUACUACCCAGAGAGGAGGUGGUCAGGCUGCUCGUAAACGAUGGAGACUUUCUCGUCAGGGAGACCACAAGAAACGACGAAUCCCAAACUGUUCUUUCGGUAUGUUGGGGUGGUCACAAACACUUCAUAGUCCAGACUACGGCGGAGGGUCAAUUCAGGUUUGAAGGGCCAGCUUUUCCGAGUAUAAGGGAGCUAAUUCUGUACCAAUUCACAAGUAGUCUUCCAGUGACUGGUAGAUCUGGGGCUUUGUUGUUGAAGCCGAUUCCAAGAGAAAUGUGGGAGUUGAACAAUGACGAUGUCAUUCUACUGGACAAAAUAGGAAGGGGUAACUUUGGAGAUGUGUACAGAGCCCAACUGAAAAACAGCAACGAAGUAUUAGCAGUGAAAACCUGCCGUGGAACCUUACCGGAAGACCACAAGAAGAAAUUCUUGCAAGAAGGUCGUAUCUUGAAGCAGUACGAUCAUCCUAAUAUAGUCAAGUUGAUUGGGAUAUGUGUACAGAAACAACCAAUCAUGAUAGUAAUGGAGCUCGUACCUGGUGGUUCGUUGUUAACCUUUUUGAGAAAACAAGGUGCAAAUUUGAACGACGGUCACCUGAUGAAAAUGUGUCUAGAUGUCGCUGCAGGCAUGAGGUAUUUGGAAUCGAAAAAUUGCAUUCACAGGGAUCUUGCUGCUAGAAAUUGCUUGAUCGGCUACAACAACGUAGUGAAGAUAUCAGAUUUCGGCAUGUCCCGUGAAGAAGAAGAAUACAUAGUAUCAGACGGUAUGAAACAAAUACCAAUCAAAUGGACAGCACCAGAAGCUCUCAACUUCGGCAAAUACACUUCCCUCUGCGACGUCUGGAGCUACGGCAUCUUGUGCUGGGAGAUAUUUUCUAGGGGUGGUACACCCUAUAGUGGCAUGAGCAAUGCAAAGGCGAGAGAAAGGAUAGACGCAGGUUACAGAAUGCCUGCCUCUGAAAACACCCCCGAAGAGAUGUACCGUCUGAUGCUGAGAUGCUGGGAAUACAAACCCGAAAACAGGCCCAACUUUGAACAAGUAUACACCGUUGUCGAGACAUUGUGCAAUUCGUAUAGAUCUUCUUUUCUAUAAUUUUAUCGCUGUUAAAACAUAACCUGUAAUUUUGUAAUAUCAGAUUGUAUCCAAUUUAAAACCUGUUGAUCAUAAUAAUUUUUAUUAUU